AUAGUAUUUUUAGCCUUGUUUACAACGCUACGUAAAUGAACAUGUAACUAAGCUCUGUUGACUGUCUUGUGUUAUUGUUAUGUAAAGUGUUUGCCCUGGAAACUUUGCUAACUCAGUUUUCUUUGUCUUGUGAAAUCCAAUCAGUAUCCCGAUAGGAAAGCCCCCAGAAUUCUAACAAUUUACAAGAAAAACAAUGAAUUUUGUGAGAGAAAAAUCACAGUAGAGGCCACAGUUUGCAGGUUUGCCUAUAAUAAAAUCAUUGAUUCUGYAACAUAAAGGAAAUAACAAGGUGGCAUGAAAUAUGGUUUCUAAGGUAGCUAGACGUCCAACUGUGAAGGAAAAGCUCAAUCUCGGACAGAUAUCCAUCGUUUUGARUUACAUUUAGUGGUAGCGAAGGAAACCAAGAUGGCGUCCUCUUCGAAAGCGCCAAGCACGACUUCUCGUUCUUCCUCGCGAACCCCUUCGCCGUCUAAAGGAAAUGGCUCGUCAUUAAAGAUACAGAAAGAGUCUUUAUCGGCGUCGUCUGACACACUCUUGUCUGAAAUCCAAGCGUUAUCCGAUGAGCAAGUAGAAAUUCAGAAGCGUACCUUCACAAGAUGGAUAAAUUUCUAUCUCUGCAAGCUGAAGCCACCUAACCAAGUACAAGACUUAUUGACUGAUUUAAAAGAUGGAACACGCUUGAUUGCAUUACUUCAAGUGCUAUCUGGUGAAAAAAUGCUAAAGGAAAAAGGCAACCAGAGACUCCAUCAACUGGCCAAUGUUGGACGAGUGAUUCAGUUUUUGAAGUCUAAGAAUGUCAAACUGGUCAAUGUUCAUGCAGAGUCCAUUGUAGACUGUAAUGCAACCAUCACUAUGGGCCUGGUGUGGGCUAUAAUUCAUCAUUAUCAGAUUCAAGGUUUUUAUGCAACCAAAAAGAAGACAAGAGGCAAAAAAAUUCUUUUAGAAUGGGCUCAGAAAGCUGCCAAAAAAGUAAUGGGGUUGGCUGAAGAAAUAAAAGAUUUCAGCAAGAGUUGGAGAGAUGGACAGGCGUUUCUUUUUCUCAUUCAUUCCCACAGACCAGAUCUAGUUAACGUUGAAGGGGUAUCUGAAAGAGAUAACAAGACAAACUUGAAAGAAGCUUUCGAUUUGGCGAAUGAACACUUGAAGGUCCCAAGACUGUUGGAACCAGAAGACGUGGAUGUCGAAAAGCCUGACGAGAGGUCCAUCAUGACGUAUGUGGCCGCGUUGUGUGAUUCUCUGGGUGAAUCAUCUCCAAAGAAAGCAAAAGAAACAGCAGCAGCAGAGAAAGCCCUGCGUCAGCCAGGAAAGAGAACAGUCAAAGACGUAGCACUAGUAGCAGGGUCAAGAAAGAGUAACGGUAGCAGCAGCACCACCACACAACAGGAACAGACUACAAGUCGACCUUCCUCUCCUACCAAGAAAACAGACAGUUCUCGCCCGUCAUCUCCCAACAAAUCACCAGAGAAACCAAAACCAAGGAAGCCGCCAUCGCCAAGCCCAGCAUCCGAGGCCACACAGGACCGAUUACACACCAAGAGAAUGUCAAUGUCAAAAUCAAACGAAGCAAUAGUCCAAAAGAAACGGCUUGUGUCAUCUACUGAUGCGCUAUCUGCUGAACCAACCGAUAAAAAGACUUCAAAGUCUUCGUUGUCUCCGGACAAGCAACAGUCACGGAAGUCAUCUUAUUCACCAGAGAAAUCAUCAGACAAGUUGAGUGUGAAACGGUCGAGUUCUCCGCUGUCAAAGUCUUCUGAACGUCUCUCCUCCAAGAGAAUGUCAAUGUCCACUUCCCCUACUGAGAAGGGGAGAAAAAGUGUAACUGGAGGCAAAAAUGGUGGAAAAACGAAGAAAAAGAGCGCGGCGAAAGACGUGGAAAUGAAGUCUGAAUCUUCUAGUAGUGAGUCUGAGAUAGAAGAUGAAGUGUGGAAACGAGACACCAGUACCGAUGCACAAGAAGAUUUUACGCAGCUCGUAGAAUGGCUGAAAAAUGCUGAACACAGACUGACAUUAAUGGAAGAAGAAUGGACGAAGGAUCAAGCAGACGACGAUACAAACCGAAUAACCAGACAGAAUCAGAUCCAAGUGUUCAGACAAGAAUUACAUAGAAAAGAAUACCACAUUACCCGAAUCACAUCGAAAAAGUAUGCAUCAUUCACGGUACCAGAAGAAAACCUCAACAUCCUCGUCAAUCAAUGGGAAAUUGUGAAAAAGAAAGUAACUGUGCUGGAAGAAAGGUUAUUGAAAGUUACUUCCGAUGUCAAAGAAAAUGGGAAACUCCGCCAUCUGUUACUAUGGUUACAUGAAGCUGAAACACUUUUGRGUUGCUAUGGCAACGAAGAAGGGCGCGAGGGUGGUGUGCCUCCUAAAUUUUUACUGCGACAACAUGAGUCCUUUUUCCAAGAAAUGGAGAAAUACCGUAGUAUUUYACAAACCAUGGUGGAAACUGGUGUUGACGAGGGGAUCGUGGUGGAUCAAGAGCUUCUCUCAAGCACCCAGCAACGCUUCAGCACCGUGCAACAUCAAGCUCAGACGAGAUCAAUGAGAUUAACAUUCGAAAGUCUGCAUUCAAGACUGAUGAUAAUGAUUAGAAAUGGACAGGAACAGAUUGGUCGUCAGCCAGUAAAGUUUUCAUCGAAAGAGGAAGCAGAAAGAACAUUUAGAGACCAUAUGUCAUUUUUCCAAGACAAGAAACACCUCAAGAAGUGCUCAAAGUAUAUGCGUAAGCUGAAUAAUGUUUACGUAACAUGUAUCGAGUUGCUAGAAGGUAACGACAAAGAUGCCAUCGCCGAUGCCUUCAGAGAGAUAGAAUUGCUCUGGGAAACGUAUUCAGUUGAAUGUAGCAGUCGACAAAAGUUAUUGGAGGAUCUGAACAAGAAGUGGAAUACCUUUGAGACUCUUGCAGAUUCCAUGGACACUUGGAUGCGUGAAGCAGAAAGGUUGAUUGAAAAAAGCAAAUUAAGCGUCUGCAAGGAAUACCUGAAAAACGUAGAUAAGAUUCAGUCUGAUGCCACAACCCUGAAGGAUUCCAGCAAGAUCGUCCUUGAAAACUGUAUUGAUCGAGUCAAAAUCGAGACAAGACAGACUUUACGAUCACUUGACCGGAGGUUGAACCGCAUCGUACGACGGCAGUCAAGGCUCAUGAAGUGCGAACGAAGGAACGCGAAACUCGAAGAGUUUGAAGGGAUCGUGGAUGAGAUCAUGGACUGGAUCUAUGACACAGAGGUCUUGAUGACAUGCAUAGUAGAAAGUACACAUGUUGCAGUUAAAGAAAGAGUAGACCAGUUCGAGACCGCACAACUAGAGAUGGAAGAAUGCGAAAGGAACGUAAACUCUUUGAACCACCUGACCAAAGUCAUCCUCAAAGACUUCAAAACAGACAUGGCUUCUUCAAUCAACGCUACCUUAUCCCACAUCAACCGUCGCUUUGACAAGAUUAAAUCUUCCGUGCCCCACAAACACCGAACUUUAAGACAGCUACUGCCUCAGUUUGAAGCAUUUGAAGAUGGAAUAGACGAGGAAUUGAUGUGGAUGAAACAAGCCGUGGAUGCUUUGGAAUCGUAUAAGAAUUUAUCUAAUGUAGAAGACGUGGAAGAGGAAAUAACCAGAUACAAGGAAAUGUUUUCUAACGUGGAGAAGCAUAACAACUUCGUGGACCAGAAAUCCCAACAGCAUCAACAGUUACGUUCGUCUCUCAAUGACCUUGUUGAUCCGACUGAACUGCAAAACAAAAUGAACGAGUUGAGUAAUCGUUGGAAGUCGGUACGAGAAGGCACUGAAGAUAAUAUUAAGAACUUAGACGAGUGUCAUCGGCUACUGAAAGAAUAUGAAGAGAGAUUUAAGAAAGUGAAGAUGUGUAUUGAUAAUGUGGAGGGAAAUCAGGUUUCAGAAAAAGAACUCGACGACGUACAAACAACAUGUACUGAACUACAACAGACAUACGAUCGCUUAGUCAACAUUAUACCCAAUAAACAGUUUAAAAAGAAAUUGGCAGCAAAAACAACCCCAGUCGUGCAGGAAUGGAAUGAACUUUACAACCGAGAAAAAUUUAAAUUAUUGAACAAGGAUGUUGAAAACGAACGAAGAAUAGUCGAGGAAGCCAUGGAUGGAUUGUCAAGAGAAGUGAGUUUUAUAGAGGAACAGUUAAAAAGCGACGGGUAUAGUGAGGAACUCUACGAACGUUGUAAGGACGUGUUAUGCAAUCCCGACACUCGAACCUCCACGGAAGAAAACCUAAACCAAUUACGUCAAACGCUGCUCAAACUAGACGAGUCGUUCCCCAACCCAAAAACCAAGGAAUUAAUACAUGGUUUUGAUGUGAGAUGGAACGAACUGAAAAAUAAAUGUGAUGGGUUGUUCGACUUAGUUCAAGAAACUGGAAAAGAUUUCAGAGAGUAUGAUGAGAAGCUAAAAGAUCUCGUCACCUGGGCUCACGAAGCACAGGAAGUCUUGGAUGGUUUAGAGAAAGUGGAUGACUAUGGGGAAUUUCAGACGCUUGUUCAUAARUUUCAGAAGGUGACAUCACAGAUGGACGAAUAUUUAUCGAUGUUGUCCGACCUCCACAAGAUCGCCACGAGUCUCUACGAACGAACACAGAAUAAAGAAAUCGAAGAUGACGUUCAAACACUAACCAACCAAGUUGAGGCGCUAGUUCCUCGAGUAGGAACAACGAGCGAGAAGCUAGGAGCAAUGCACAAGGGCUUCCAGCAACAGAAAAUGGUGCAAGAACACAUUGUUUUCCUCAGGGAAGUUGUAAGUCGUCUAGAAGUGGAAUACUGUUUGGAUCACAUCCAGGACGUGGAGAAGGAACUUGAGAUCCUAAAGGAUAUACUGGAGUCGCUUGAGUCGCACGAAGAACCCAUUCAACAGUGUGUGUCGGACAUCAGUAACCUUUCCGAUGACCCRGACGUCUUUCCUUCUGUCAAGGAAGCAGUAACACGUCUUGAAGCKUUAUGGAACGAUGUAGCACGGAGAUGUGAUAUGAGAGAGGCGGACUUGAAUAUCGCGUUGGAAUACUGGCGGCAGUUCCAAUCUGCUCUACGCUGCUUCAAGGAGACGCUAGCGAUGGGAGAAGUGGAGAUGACACGAAGAAAGACUUUGGUCUUUUCUGAGAUUGAAGCAAUCAAUGAUGAAAUAGCAUCUUUAAAGCAAUUCCAACACGAGCUCCAGAAUCGGUUAGCAGAUUACGAUUUCAUGUUUGAAGUUGGGGAGAAACUAAAGCUGACCGCUAGUACCGAAGGAGCAGAAAAACUAGACGAGGAGUUGGAUUCUGUUUCCUCUCUUAGAAAGUCUCUCCUAGACGAGAUUCGCAGUCAUUUGGGACAUCUGAAUACWAUGGCUAAGCGUUGGCAUGGAGUCAAAGAACAGAUGCAUAACUUUGUUGAAUACAUGGAUAAAGUCGACUCGAAAUUGGAAAGACGCAAAGAAAGUAGGAUAUCACAAGAAUGGAUGAAUCAAGUCCAGGGMGUAUCUAACGAACUGCUCAAGCGAMGACAAAGCUUCACAGCAUUUGCCGAAGAAGGCCGACGACUCUCCGACGGAUUCGUGAAUGCGGGAUCAAUGCAUUUCAAGGCGCAGUUAUGCAGUCUGAAAGAACGAUGGAAUGAACUGUUUAGUAAAGCGGUYAUGUCCGAGAGCACGGUCGAAGAAGGACUGAAACCACUCAAUGAGUAUCAAGAGGCAUUUGAAGAAUUUACCUCUCGGUUUGAAGAACUCGAAGAGAAGGUAGAAACAGAUCUGCCAAAGUUCAAGAAUUCAGAWGGAGUCUCUUUACAGAUAGAAGAUGAUAAGGUUUUGAUUGCCGAGCUGCGCGAGCUUCGCGGCUUGCUCAACAAUUUAAUCUGGAAAGGAUCCAACCUAGCGGCAAGUGUUCGUCUCAAAGACUUGGACAUCAAAGGAACCUUGAAACAACUGGAAGAAAAGUGGCAAGGGGCUGUACACUGUGCAGAACAGAGAUUAGCGGAGCUCGAAGCUCUACAUAUUGAAUGGCUCGACCGAGAAGAGAUGAUGAAAAACAUGGAACUCUUGGUAGAAGAAGCUGAGGACCAGAUGAAAAACGAAAAAUGUCUUACGAGUAGAGAUGAAGGAUUUUUGAAAGAGGCGCUUCAGUAUUAUGAGGGUUUUCAGACAUCGAAGAAAAACCGCGAGAAAGAUUUCGAGGAUGCCGUGACAAACUACCAAGACCUUUUAGAAAAAGACAGAGGCAAAUACAUAAGGCAAGACAGUGUGGAAGAUAAGUGUGACAGCCUGAAAAAGAAGUGGGAUUCCUUGGACGUUGCUAUUCCUGAACGUGUGGAUUCCUUAAAGGAAGAACUGCAGAGCUGGAAUAAUUUUUAUCGUGAACUGGACGAGUUUGUAGCCUGGCUGAAUGAGAUGGAAAGUUUUACGAAAAUAGAUAAACCACGUGAUGAAAAAGAAGCCAAGAAGCAGCUGAAGGAUCUUGAGGAGUUCCAAACAGCUUUUAGGAAUCGCCAAACUGCUUUUGAAGCCUUGAUCAAAGAAGGACGCGAGGUUCGUCUCCAUGCCAGUAAAGGCGAAGCAGCAGAUGCUCUGAAUGAGAAUCUGACUCAUUUAACAGAACGAUGGGACGAGAUGCUGCGAUGGGCUGCAGGGAGAUACCAACUGCUUGCUCUGUCUCGACACUACCUUGAUUCAUCAAAACAAGUUGUGGUGUACCUGAAUAAGAUAGAGGAAAAGAUGAAAUCAGCUAAGGAUAUUCCACCUGCCGUGUUAGAAAAGAUUAAGGAAGAAUCUGAAAAGGCCAAGGCAAAAGUAGAAAAAUGGAACGAGCAGUGUUUGGACCUGGAUGUCGUCUUCAAAGAAGGUCACCUUAUGGUACAACAGAAGUCCUCCGGUAAAGCCAUGGACUUUGAUGAACAACUGGGCAACUUGAACUGCGAGUGGAAGACAGUGAUUCAAGAUAUCGAGGAAAGGAAGUCUGCUAUCGAGAAAACAGCCAAAAAGUGGUGGGAGUUCACCAGAAACAAAAUGAAGAUGCUGCGGUGGCUGAAGAAAAAGGAGAGUGAUGCCGACUUUCAAAUAAGCUUUGAUAAUCCACAAGAACAAAUGAAUACAUACCAGAACAUCCUCGAUCGCCUAACUGCCCAUAAACUUGACCUUGAAGCACUAAGUAAAGCAGCUGAAGACAUGAAGGAAGAUGACGAGGAUGGCUCAGCUAUCAAAGAGAUCAAAGAGCUCAUCGAAAAGUUCGAAAAAAUACAAAAAGAUGUAAAGGAGAAGAAAGAGCACUUCAAGCGCGUUUCAGACAAGUGGCAAAAGUUUUCCGAUCAAAAACACAAGAUGAAUGCUUUCUUCAACAACACGCAGAAUAUCGUGGCGAGGCGCCGACUUCGAAGCUCAGACGAUUGUAAAARACAGAUUGAGGAGUGCCUGUCUUUGAACAAGAACUUAGAAGAAACGGAAGGCGUAAUGGAGAAUGUCAACCAACAAGCUUCCAUUUUGUUAGAAGAUCUCGAGCAAAUGGAAGGUUUUGAUGUUCGAGCUAUGGAAGAUGAACUAAGAAAGGUUAACCAACAGUUUAUCGAGGCGCGGCUUCAAGUUGACAAUAAACAAAAAGCGCUGGAGCAAAUAGCCGAACAGUGGGAAGAYCUAGAGAAAGGAAAGGAAGAGAUACAGAAGUGGUUCACUGAUGUCAAGCGGGAAUUGUCUGUUUCUGAUGAUGAUGUCGAAGAAGAACCUGUCGUCGUCAAGAGAAGGCAAAAGCUCAAGGGUAAGGUCGCAUCGCAAGAAGAUCGGGUAAAACGUCUCAGCUGGCAGGCUGUCAAACUGAUGGAGAACUUCGCYGAUGAAGUCGACGCUGAUAUGGGUGACACCUUCAAACCAUUGCUGCGGGAAUGGAAAAGUGUACARGAACURGCAGGUCUUCCCGUCCCAGAAGACGAUCCGGUUUUAAUGGCCAAACUCAACAGAGAAACAUCUUUUUCUACGACAGAUCUAGAAGAUAAUAACCUAGAAACAGAAGCAUCUUCUUUGCAGUCAAAACGGGCGCUUUCUGUUGGGAAUGGGAUUUCACUUACUGAUUUUGGAAGGAAGCGUUUGCACAGCGAAAAGUCUAUGGAUACGYUAUGGAGUUCAAGCAGUACAUUCUCAAUCAAUAUCGAUGCUGAUGAAGGAUUACAGAGUAACUACAGCCUCAAUGUGGGAAGCAGUGAUAUCUUCCUAGACGGAAGUCAGAUCAGUAUCAACGGACAACGUGAGCGCCAGGACACUAUCUCUGAAGUACAAACAGACGACAAAGAAGGAUCCGGUGAUAUUCAUGAUGCUUUGGAUGCAGGUGGAGAAUUGCACAAGACGACGGAAAGUUUGGAAACGGUAAUGGCCGAAGAGACUCCAAGACCUGAUAGGACAGAGGACGAAGUAAAGGUCUUAAUGGAAGACAUUAUACAGAGGAUCGAAGACACUUGCAAGCAGCUGUCUUCGUGUGUGUAUGAACCUGAAGACACUGAAGAAGACAUCGUUAGAAAACUGGAAUCGUGCAAGUCUCUUCACGAAGAUUUGCAAACUCAAAAAACCGAGCUCGACAAUCUGUCGGAAGACAUUCGAAAGGCCAACCUCGAAAUCCCUCAAGUGGAGACCUCCUUAACUGAAGCUGAGACAAAGUUGACAGAAGGUCUUGGUUUGGCGCCUGAUACUGCUGGCGAGCUGCAGUGUGUGAUUGAUCAGUUUGGCGAGUAUAACACAAGUGUUCAGGAGUGGGGUGCUUGGUUUUACCCAGCCCAGGCAACACUAGAGGAGUGUCAAGGAGCUUGGAUGAACAGAGCUUGCUUAGAGGAAAUAGAUGAGAAACUGCAGGUACUUGUUGACGAGAUGGACAAGAACGACAUGUUAAUCGGUGAGGUUUAUAACAAGGGUGACAUCUUGCUGCAACUUAUUGCGGGACAAUGUAAAACAACUCUGGAGAGUCAGCUAAACGAACUAGAGGAAGACUGGGCUGACUUCUGUCAGAACACUAUCUCAGUCAAGACCGAGGUGGAGGAUACUCUUUGUCAGUGGACUGAGUACGAGGAGAAUAGAGACAAACUGAAUGAAUGGCUCUCAGACGUUGAAGAAAAAAACAAGAACUGUGGGAACGCACCCGCGGACGUCGAGACCUUGAAGGACCAAAUUGAGAACAACAAGAAAUUUAAACAAGAAAUGGGUAUGCAGGAGCUGAUCCUGGACUUCAUAAACAUCAAAGGCCAAGAAAUUAGCUCUAAGAUUGAAGAAAACGAAAGCUUUGAGCCUGAGCUCCAAUCCAUUAACGACAAGUGGGGUUUAGUCAAGGAUUUGGUGUCUCAACGAAGCCGUUAUCUCAAAGAAGUUCUCUCAGAUUUGUGUGACUUUGAAGAAGAUGUUGGUCAACUUGGGGAUGUCUUAAACCAUACUGAAGUUUGCCUCGAUGACAGCGAGAACACAAAAGAAAAUGACUUUAAUGGAUUACAAAAACAGCUUGCAAAGCUGAAGGCCUUAGCAAACAGCUUUGAAGGGAAAGUUACCAACCUGGAAGACGUUCUUCAGAAAGGAUCUUAUCUUCGUGAAAGGUGCAACAGCGAGGGACGAAUUUCCAUCGACGGGAAACUAAAGACUAUACAAAAACGAUGGUCAGACCUUAGCGAUAAAAUCUCACAGAAACUGCAGACGGUCGAGGAUGAGAUAAGCGAGUGGACGUCCUUUAAUAAAGAUCUUGAUGACAAGCUUAAUGAACUAAGAAGUUAUGAGAUAUCCCUAGGCGCACAGCUGAUUGGUGUCUCUGAUUUAGCUACUCUGGAAAAAGAACUUGCAGAUGUGAAGGUCAUAUGCGAAGAACUGGAAAAGGCCCAGCCCUUCAUAGAAAAGCUUAAUUCUCGRGGCAAAGAGCUGCUGAGUGCAUUGCCUGAAGGGGACAGGGAGUACCUGAAAAAUCAAUUGGAAAUUUUGAAGAAAUUACAAGAAAGCGUGAUACGCAGCGCAGUGGACAGACAAGAGGAAUUGAUUCGUAAAAUACUCCAGCAACAAGACUUCGAUACUCAACUUCAAAGUUGCUUUCAUGUGGUCAAUCAGGUUGAAGCUUCUGUGUCUAACGAGUUUGGUAUAGAAGCUGAUACUGGAGCGAUGAAAGAGAAGCUUGCUCUCUGUGAGUCUCUAUCAGUUGAGCUGCAGAACCAAAAAGAGUUUAUCAACAACCUMAGCGAAAAGGGAAAGACUAUUGUUCAUGAAAAUCCUUCAAAACGAAGAGAAACAAUGGAUAAACUGAGAGCAGUCGCUGACCUCUGGAAAAAAGUGAACAGACUAACAAACGAGAAGAAAGAAGAGUUGACAAAAUGCAUUAAUGAGCAGGAGAAUUUCCAGGAGAACUACGCUUCUUGCAUGGAAAAGUUACAUGGAAUGACAGAAAGUUUGAUGUCGGAUACGUACGAUCCCRAUGAUUUAAAUGGACUAGAGGAUAAAGUUCAAAACGUUCUUGAUUUGGGUCAAAGUAUCUUGUCAAGCGUUCCUGACUCUCAAAGAACUGCCUACAGCGAACGAAUUGAAGCGCUGAGUGAAACUUGGGCCAAAACGCAAGAGCUCAAGAAACGAGCUUCAGAAGUUCAAGAGCAACUUGCGAUAAACGAAGAAAAAUCUAAUGAAAUUCGAGAGCAGUGCAAAGCGUUUGAGAGCGAGCUAGAGCAUUUUAAUCAGUGGCUCGAAAGAUCAGAGGAKAUUCUAAAAACAGAUAUGUUUUCAAUCCCCGAAGAGAAGCAAAUGGAAGAGAUAAAAAAUCAUGAAAGACUGUACAACGAGCUGCAACAAAAUUCACUUGUCGUYAAUGACCUGAUGGAGAAGGGGCGAAAACUCUCCUCCAGUGUUCCUGGGGAAGAACGAGAACACAUCAAACACGAGCUAGAAACCCUCUCCCUUCGCUGGACUAAUAUUAAGAAACUAUCUGAUGAUUAUGGCUCUCAAAUGGAAGAGUGCAUCGCUGAACAAUCAGUGUAUUAUAACGAGCUUGAGAAUUGUGUGAAGUGGAUGCAAGAAGCAGGAGCAGCCAUUGCGUUGUUUGACCUUGACACAAAUGACGAAGACGCCGUGCGAAGGGAGCUAUCAAGUCAUCUGGAACUUUGUGGAGAGAUUGAAAGACGGCAGUCUUGCAUUGAGUCGGUACUUGACAAGGGCAAAGGUCUUGUUGGAAAACUCCCCCCUGAGGAAAGAGAAGUGGUCAAGGAGCAGCUUGUACGAYUGGAAGAAGAAUGGACGAAACUACAAGAACAAGCAAGUGAUAAGAAAAAGGAAUUGAAGGAGUACCUUGGAGAGGCAAGUGACGAAGAAGCUCAAGAGACUCCUGGCAUUAUAGGUUUGAAACAAGAGUUGGKCGAUCGAUUGCUUUGGGUACAACAACUAAUCAAGAGCUUUCCAGAUGGCAAAGAAAGUUCACGUUCUGCUGUUGGUUCGGAAAGUAACUCCGUAGAGACACUAAUCGAGAAAGCCGAGACUGUUAGUGAAACCUUGGCUGGAUCCGAGAAAGAGUCGUUAAAUGAAUGUCUCGACAAGCUUAAAGAAAACUGGGUUGCUCUAAAGUGCCUACUAAGUGGACGCAGAAGAAGACUGGGAAGACAAGGAAGUGAGAUGGAAAGCAAGCAAAUGAAGUUUGGAGUGCAAGUUGCUCAACUUCAAAUGUUAAUCGAUGAAAUCAAAUCCAAGUCAUUGCCUAGUGUAUCAACCAUUGAUCCAACCAGUCUUGAUGGUACCUUGGAGGAAUUCGAAAAAGUAAGAGAGAACCUCGAGGAAGGAAAGAAUAUGCUUGAAAAGGUAUCACAACUCAAUGAUGAAUUAAAGGAGAUCUUAGAAGAUGAAAAUCAAGGAGAAAUAAAUGUAGCAGCCAAUGAAACGCUGAUGAAUGACCUAGAGAAAGAAUUCAAUUCCAUUAGCCGGGACUUUGAGAAUCAAGAACUGGAAUUCAAAAAUGCUGUCAACAGCCUACGAAAAAUCAGUGAUGAGAUGAAGAAAGUAGAGACUCAGAUCGCCGCUAAAAAAGAAAGAUUCGAUGAAAUCGUUUCGUUCGAUUCCGAACCCGACGUGGAGGUCCAUAAUUUACAAGCUCUACUUGAGGAAGUAGAAUUGUGCGAAGCUCAGUUGUCCGUUAUGGAUAGCAAGAGCAAGAACCUUCUUGAAGAACUAGGAAACCCUGGCCAGGUUCUAACAACUCGUACCUUCGAUUUGUUUGACAAAAUACAAAAGUUCAAAAUGGAUGUGAAUGAAACAAUGGAGCAGAAUCAUGUUGCAAUGGCGGAAGAUCAAAAUCUGGAUGACGAACUUCAGCGGUGCCUGAACUUAAUUUCUCAAGCCGAGGCAAAAUCUACUGAAGAAGUGCAUGUGCUUGAGAUACCGGUGCUGGAAAAACAGGUAGAGGAAGCCAAUGCAGCGUUAGUUUCUUCGGAGAUCGCAGCUGAGGAACUUCUGCAGAAAAGCGAUUCAAUGCUUGGAAAACUAAAGCCAGGACAGAGAAAAGCAAAGGAAGCAGAGCUUGGUAAACUUCAGAGAGUUCUAGGCGAGGUUAAAGAAAAAAGCAAGGAAAAUCUUGAUGCUUUUAACAAAAAACUUGAAGGUAAAAAAGAAUACGAGAAGCAUCGAGAGGCUUGUGGUCAAUGGAUUUCGGAGAUGGAAAAACAACUUGAAAACAUUUGCAAUGAAGAUGAUAAAAGUUCUUCACAAGAAAACAUUGAAAAGCUAAAGGACAUGUCUUGUGCUUUGGUUAGCGAGGAUAGUCCUGUGCAGUCCUUUAUUAACUACGCCCACAGCGCAACUGUAAAUGCUUCUGAUGCUGAAAAGGUACAAGUUCAGUCAGACAUAGUAAAGUUUCGAUCGAUGGCUGCAAAAAUUGAUGAUGAGGUUAAAGCGAAGAUCGAACUAAUAGACGAAAAGACCAGAAAAUCAUCAGAGCUGGAAAAUAAUGUUCAAGAAUUAAUUGUGUGGCUUAUGUCUGAAGAAGAACAGCUAGAUAUGAUUAUGAAUGGAAUCGAACGUGAUUCCUUGAAGGAUAACAUAAAAAGUGUUAGAAACAUUCAAAGUGAGAUGACAUCUAAAAAACAAGACAUCGAUAAAAUCUUAAAGGAAGCUAACGAGCACAAAGGCAGUGAUGAAAAGUUCAAAGCGCAGGCAUUGACUUUGAAAAAUAUAUUCGAAAAUCUAAAAGACAAAGUAAUGAAGAAAGGUGACCUGCUAGAUGAACAGGAAAGAGCAUUAGGUACCUUUGAUGAAGAACUUUCCAAAUGCAAAACUGUGGUUUCAAAAUUGCAAGAACUUAACUCAGAGGAUGUUCCCGUAUUUGAAAGUGCCGAGGAACUGCAAUGUUACCUCGAUGACAGGAUUAAAAGAUUCAGUGAAAUUGUCCAACAGAGUGACUGCAUACCAAAUAUAGAUGUCAUCAAAGCAACUGUCGAUUGUUCAGAUUUGGAGGGUUUGAAAGAGUAUACUGAAUUCCAGAAGAGUGAAUUGAUUGACAGGUGGGAAGCCCUACAAGUGCAGUUCACAGAGAAAGCCCUCGAGAUACGAUCGAAUUUGGCAUUACAGCAAGAACUGAGUAGUAGUUUUAGUGAAGUUUCAUCUUGGAUUGAAAGUGCCGAAGAAGAGAUUUCGUCUUUGAUACUCUCCGCCGAAAAAGUAGACGAAAUAUCCGAUUCGAUUAAAAAGCUCAAGGAUCUGAAUGAAGAAACUUUGUCAUACGAAUCUUUUGUAAAAUCUCUGAAAAUGAAGGUUGAAAAAUCUUCAGUUGACUUAAACAGCAGUUUUAAGGACAGCAAUGAAAAUAAAGUCACGACGCUUCAAGAUAAAAUAUCCAGUCUACAAACUGAAGUCUCACAAAAACUUAAAGAAGUUGAGGGCUAUCUUGGAUUUGUCCAAGAUGUUGAGAAACGUGUUUCAGAAUGUAUGGAAUGGCUGCAGGAGAAAGAGAGCACAUUUAAACAAGAACUGCCGACGUUUGAUAGUUCAGAAGAAGUAGAAAAUAUGUUGGAUGAGUGCAGAAACCUGAACUCAGAAAUAUCAUCAUUGAUCGACAAACUAAACAACGGGAAAAAGAGGCUGAAAAAUGAAUUUGAAUACAUUUCACCUGUACUUCGGGACUCCUUGUUAAGUGAUCUAGAAAAUGUUUCUCAAAGCAUGGCUAACUUAGAAUGUCAGUUCCAAGAGAGAAUAAAGAAUCUCGAAACUUGCCUCUCAGAAAAUCAAAAAUUAGACGAUUCGAUUGUUGAAUUGGAACAGUGGCUAGAUAGAUCAGAACCAUUGAGUGCAGGUGUGGUUGGUACUCAAGACCCACUUGAGAACCUGAAUGAACUGAGUCUUUUGCAAGAAGAAAUGCCAAUUAAGGAAGAAGAACUCUCCAGUCUCGUGAACGAAUGUACGUCCCCUCUUCUUUCAAAUUUACAAUCCAAAAAGCUUGAUGAUGUCAAGAAAAGAAUUUCAAGUGUCAAGCAGUCUUUGGCAGGAAAAGUGGACGAAUGCAAAAGUAAGGUAGAAGAGAUCAAGACCAACCAAGAGCAGUUAGAGGAAUGCUGCAAUUGGAUCUCAGAAGCUGAGGAGUUAAUGUGUUCUGAAACUCCGUUUGAUAUUGAGGAUGGUAGUGAAGAUACGGUGCAAGAAAAGCUCAACAAGGUCAAGAAAUUAGUUAGUGAUUUACCAGUAUACGAGGAUAAAGUUCAAGCCAUUUUGAAUUCAGAAGUGCUUCAGCAGGCAUCCCAAAGAGAUGACGAUAUGAGACGUAAACUUGAAAACCUAGGAGCAAAACUUGAAAGUGUAGGCAAAAAUGCUUCGAACACUGAGAAAAACUUAACUGCCUUUGAAGAAGGGAAAACUGUAUUUCUCAAGCAGUUACAACAUUGCUCCGAUGUUAUUGCUCGGAUGAAAGAAGAAGACCCCCACGAUGUUGAUUUUUCGAUAAAUGUGGAUGCGACCGAAAUGGAACUUGGACGUCGAAAGGAUAGAAUUGAGCAUUUGAAGGCAUUUGAAUCUGAGAUCGCUGCACUUGAGGACACAAGCAGAGUAAUGAUGGAAUGUCAGCCAGAUGCUUCACAUGAUGCAUUAAAAAAUCAGAUCGAUUGUGUCAAGGAAGAAUGGCAAGCUGCUACAAUGGAGGCAAUUAUAAAGCAUGAUGACACGGAAACAUGGUUAGCUGAUGUGCAGGAAUUGAAUAAAACGAGGCAAACCUGCAAAGAUCAAGUUGAAGCUGUCUUGAAGACAAUAGGUGACAUGGAAAUUGACUCGGCUGACAUAUCUGGUGCAAAUCGCGUUUUGGGGGACCUCAAGAGUGCGCAAGCUCAGCUAGAAACAGCAAAAAAUGAUUUGGACUGCUUAUUGUACAACGCUGAUCAAAUUACUACUCGUGCAAAUGUAGAUGAACAGAAUUCUUUAGAAGAGAAUUUAAAAGAACUCAAAGAUAAAUACCAUCACGUCGAAGAAAAGCUUGCAAUGGAAGUUGCCGAGGUUCAACAGAAGAUACACGAUUUUGCAAAAUUCGAGAAGGAUUCCGCACACUGUGAAAGCAUGCUUACAAUAUACAAAGCUGCCACACCAGCUGAUCUUUCAUGUACUGUUGAAACUAUUGAAAGCCAAAUGGAAAAGCUAAAACGUCUAAAAGCAGACAUGGAUGAACGAGARAGUCACAUGGUCGAUUUGAGAGAACAGUCGGACAAGUUUUCUGCGGACCACCAGACAGGUGACUCCAAAGCUUCAAAACGAGCCAGUCAAAUAAGUGAAGACUGGGGGAAACUAAAGACCCAACUCGAUGAAAAGCUAAAAGAACUUCAACGCCUCUCCGAUGGAAAAUGCGAUUUUGACAAAGAGUAUUCUAAACGACUCACUCAAGUAGGGGAAUUAGAACGUGCUUUGGACGUUGAAAGGGAAGGUUCUGUAAGUGAAAGAAUCGAUCAAGUGCAGCAACUGUGUUCGAGUAUUGAGUCAUUUCGGGAAGAUCUCGAUCAUCUGUCUGGACGAGUUGCGGAGGCUCCUUCUGUGGCCUACGAGCAAGACGAUGACCCAAAAGCCAAAUUGAACGUUCUUACUUGCCGUUGGGAAGCUACAAAGAACAAGGCAUCUGAUUUGCUGGAGAAACUUGAAAAAGAAAAGACCGGCCAAAAAGCUCUUAGUAAAGACCUUUCCGACAUAGAGCAAUGGGUGGAUGACGUUACUUCCUCUAUUCAAAGCCCACCUUCUAUGGAUCCGGAUGAAGAUCCUUUUGAAUCUGCUGUUUUGGACAAUAUGGCGUGGGAGUGUUCUUUAGAUGAAAAGGCCUUGUUUGUCGAUCGCCUUUCGCUAAAAGCGCAUGAAAUGAAAAACGAUCCCGAAAAAACUGAAAUUUUGGAAAAAGUCAGUUUCUUAACACAAAAGCUAGAAGAGGCAAGAAAUGCGAUAACUGACAAAACCGAAACCAUUCAGCAUUGCACUAAUGAACUCAAUCAAAUUGCAGAAGAAAUAGGAGAACAUAGGUUUGUCAUGGAUGACAUAAAAGCUUCUCUGAGUUUUGAUGUCAUCGUAGACGAUGACACCAUAAUUAAGGAUAAUAUUGGUGCUUUUAAAACAAGUCUUGCAAAAAUUGAACUUGGUGGAUCAAGAUUGCUCCAAGCAGAAAAACGUAUUUCUGAAAUAAAAAAGGACAAUGACUGUUCUAUCGAGCUUAAGAUCGAAGCCGAGUUAAAAAAUACAAUAGACGAUACGACAGCUCUUCAGAGUUUACUGAAAGGCAAGAUUUCUCUACUCGAGCAGGCGUGUGGUCUAAAGGAAGAAUGCGUGGAGUAUACACAGGUAUGCGAGAAAUACUUGGCUGAACUUGGUGUUGAAUUGAAAUUAGACAAUGAAGUCGACUUAGAACGCAUAAAGAUUCGUCUAGAAAGUUGUCAAACUCUUGCUGGUAAGGUGAAUAAAACGAAAGAUCAUUAUCAGGACAUCCUCGAGAAAAGCACACAGAUCCUGACAGGACUACCCCCUGAAGGUGCGUGCGUCAUUCAAGAUUGGUUAAAAAACGUAGAAUCGACUAGAAACGAGCUACAACGCAAGCUAUCCACUUGUUGCGAGUCAUUAAAAGCCGCAAUGUCUGAGAAACAAACCUUGGAAGAUUGGAUUAGUGAAUCGAAAAAACUCAUUGAAAACAGCUGUACACUCUUAAAAUCCAAGAACUCUAGUCUCGAUUACUCUCUAGUGAACGAGAAAAUAUUGGACCUACAAGUUUUAAUUCCAAAGCUUAUGGACAGCCAAGCUAUCGGCGAGAGCUUAACUCAGACAUCGAGUUCCCCGGAGGCUUUAACAGCUCUCCAGGACGUCCAAGAUACCCGAAAUAGAUUGGAGCAAGCAGAAAAGAGCUUGAGAGAAUUUCUUCGUUUGCGCUCUAAUUUCGAAGAAGUGACAAAAGACUUGGAGACGGUUUUGGCGAAAUGUCAGUUGGAGAGUUCCCAUCCUAAAUCACCAACAGAUGCGAUUUGUCAAAUCAAUUCAUACAAGGAAUUACUCCAACAACUGAACGAAGAAGAUCUGAAGCACGCUAAUCAGACAGGUGAAGAAUUGCUCUCCGACCUACCAGAAGACGAAAAGGAAAUUCUACGAGAAAGGCUGCGGAGUCUAAAUGAACGAUGGCGUAACACGCGCGAUCAGCUUCUAGCAAAGUGCGCURACCUCGAAGACGAGACGACAUUUGACCCGCAGUUUCUAGACAAGAUACAGCGGGCUCAAGACGAAGCUUUGGAAAUCGAUCAACUUAUUAAAGAAAUAAACCAAUCAGAACACGAGAAUGUUGAAGAGCUUCGAAAACAAUGCGAGCGUUUGGACGAUAGGUUGGAAAUCCUCAAAUCUCUGAUGGCGGCGGUGGACGAAGACGACUCGAAGCUCACCACAGACGAUGAAGAUGUAGCCAAUUCGGUUCGUCGAUUGGAGGAGGCGUAUAAUGAAGGCUCUUCUGUUAAAGAAAGUCUCCAAGCGACUUUGUCAUUCCGUGCGCAGUACCAAGCAACUGUCAGUGAAAUGAAAUCUUUUUUAGCAAGUGCUGAGGAUGAGUUGAAUGGAAAUAACCUCAACAGUGACACCGAGCAAAAGACCUCUCGUUUGAAGGAGCUUCAAACUGCCUUCGAGGAAAAGCUGGCGGUCUUAGAGACAGCCUGCGAAAAAGGAAAGCUUUCUGUGAUGAUGGAAUCCUGUUCACCGGAGAAUAACAUUGAUGUGGAAACACAAGUUACAAACCUUAAAGAAAGAUGGGAUGCCCUCCGCUCUUCGAUUACUGACAACAUUUGUCUACUGGAAGCAAAAUCCGACGAGGUUGAACAAAUAGAGACCGAGAUACUCGGCGUAUCAGAAAAACUAAACGAACUGCAAAGCUCCACAGAGGAUUUAAAAUGUAUCAGCCUUGUGAAUGGAAAAGUGGAAAACCUACGCGAAAAUUACGAGGUCUUAAGCACGGAAGUGUCGUCUCUACAUGGGUCUGUUGAUAAUUUAAGUAGUCGAUGUCAGGAAAUAUUUAGUACUUCACCUGCCAAGGAACGAGAGAUACUGGAGAAUCAGCUAACGAGUCUUCAACAACGGUGUGAUCGUUUGGAAGGCGAAGUAGCAGAAAAACAAGAAGAGUUUGAAGAUACGCUGUGGAAAUGGCAGGAAUACCAAGCGGAAAUCGAAACAUGUUUCCAAAACCUCGUCAUGAUGGAUAAAUCCUUAGAUCUGUAUGUCAAUCAAGGUCAUAUUGAUGAACUACAAAGCUCUCACAUGAUGCUACGCGACAACUUAGAACUUCAAGAGGCAAUCAUUAGCGCGGUAAAAGCCAAGUCCAGACACAUCAUAAAACUAGUGCCGCCAGACGACCAAGAGGCCAUUGAGAAUCGUCUCCAGGCCCUGGAUAUUGAGUAUUUGAGAGUCCGUGAUCGAUUACACAGGCGGAAACAGGAGCUCAUCAAGAAUUCAAUCGAAUGGCAAGAAUUCAAUUCGGGUUUAUUGGCUGCCUCUGAUUGGUUGUCAAAAAACGAAGCUCUGGCAGAAGAAACAUGCCAGCCUGAAGGUGAAGAUCUGGAUAUUGUCAAACUUAAGGCGCUGAGCGACGAAGUCGAUAUUAGUGUGACUGAUUUCGAGAGCACUCGUAAUCAAGGUUACCGUCUUAUCGACUUACUGGAAGAUGCAAUGGAAGGAGAUGUUCUAAGAGAGAGAAUAAACACCGUACAAGACAGCCUUAAUCGUAUACAGUUGCUAGUAUCACGGAAAGAGAAGGAUAUUGGCGACCGUUACUACCACAUGGCAGAGUUCGAGGUCGCGUUCAAAGACUGCGAAGAACGAGUCUCUGACUUCAAGACACGGCUACGAGGGGUCAGAACGACGGAUAUAAGCGAACGGCACGAGAAAAUACAAGAUCUGAGUAUCGAGAUUCCCUUUAUCAGAAGUCUGAUAGAAGAUUUAAAGGAGCGAGAAGGAAACCUUGUUGAGUUUUGUUCUGAGGACGAACUCGAAAAAAUCAAAGCAAACACAAGUAGAUUAAGUGAGGAUUUCGAAACUCUUCGUCAAGACGCUUUAAGUAACUUCGGUGACCCCUACGUAGAAACAACAAGCUUUACAACAGAAAAAGUCGAAGCAAAUGUGGAGGUAAAUAAGGAGGACAGUAAAGAACGGGAUGAUUUAAAUAUUGUCGAGAACGGAGCAGCUGCUUCAUCACGGAAGACAGAGAACGGCGAAAACCUUGUUGACUCAGAUUUGGACAAUGAAAGUGGAGUCUCUUCAAUGGAGUCGUUUGAAAGCUUGUUGAAAAAAAGCGAGACUCAUAUUAACGACGUUGAUAGCUGUGAUUCGGAACACGCCGUAAAUAGAAGUAAAAUGGAAAGAAUAGGAAAAGAAAAGGGAGGAAUUUCGGUUUCUUCCAACGAAUACGAAGAACUCUUACAAAAUCAAUCGGACACUUCACAUUCAUCACAGCCUAAUGAAUCUCCAGACGUCGAGGAAAGCUCAAGUAGUUUUAAUGUGUCUAAGAAAACUUCUCAAGCCGAUGUACCUCUUCUAGUUUUUACCGACGAAAAUGGCGAAGAGGUGCGUUAUUCGGAGGGUACGGAUGACGAGGGGGAAGUUUCUGGUGAAAAACCGCUGACCGAUAAAAACGAAAUUUUUGAAGAUUAUUGCGAAGACGAUGAAAGAGAAGACCACGUAGCUAAUGAUGAUAGAAAUAAAGAGGUUAAUGAAAGCCCAUUAAGCGAUGAGCUGGACGCUGUUGAGCAUGCGCAAGAUGUCGUUUCAGAUAGUCACGAGGAGGAAGAUGUAGCUACCAACAAUGUGCAGUUAAAGGAAAAUCAGCCAACAAAAGAAGAAGAAAAUGAUGUUCCAUCGGUUACAGAAUCAAAGAAUAGAGAGGAAGGUGUUAACGAGGAAAUGUUUAAUGACGUCCAUAGACCAAAAGCAACGAAUGAGACUGUUUUAAGCGAUUCAGAAGACAGUAUAGAAAAUGCUCCGUGCCGUGUAGCAGACGAACACGCGUUAGCAUCAGAAAUAGACGAGAUAAAAAUCGAAAGUGGUAGCCAUGAAUCGAUCAUAAACUCGGUGUCAGCAGGGAACACCAAUACUAAACCUAAAGAUUUUACUCAUUUCGAAGAAAACCUGGACGAUAGCCAGGAAUCUAUUAAUAUGGGUCAGAGAACUGAUCCUGUUGGUGCGAGUAUUGAUAUUGAAAGUGAUAGCUAUCUUGAUUUUGAAUCCCAGUUGACUAAUGAACGAGAAGGUGAGGGUCCUUUACAAACUGGUCAAGACCUUUCUGGUUCGAUUUCUACUUCAGAAACAUGCAAACAGGAGCAAAACUCGUUUUCCGAGGAGGAUGUGUACGAAGUGAGUUCUCCAGACUUUCCGCGGACACACUACAGUGCUGAUGCCCCAGAUGACAAGCAAGAUGAGGCAGCUCAACAAAUAUCUUCAAUUUCAGACAUAUUUCCAGGUAUUAGCAACGGUGACCCGGAAGAAGCUGGUACCACAGAAGCCAAAGAGAUUCUUGAUGAAAUAGCCCGGCGUAGACACAGGGUCAGACCAAGAAACUCACCGCCUCAAGACCCAAUCAGCUCAUAUGUACGAGAUUCAACAGCUUAUCAAUCCUCAUACUUUGGUAGUGCGUUUAGCCGGCUUCGGGAACUUGACGAGUACGAAGUGCCUCUUGAGGAAGGGAUGAGUUUAGAUGUUUUUGUUGUGGAGGUUGAGAAGCUGCUGGAAAAGUUACGUGUUAUUGAAGAUAUGAUAAGGGCUUGUCAGUGUAUCGAUGACAACGUGAAAGACGAGUUAGCUAGACACGUGGCCUUGUGUGUAGAGAUGUCUCGUCAGCAAGGACGCAUUGACGUCAUGAAUACAUUGGCAGAACGGUUUCCACUUCAAAAGAACAGUAGCCUCAUGAUCAUCUUGGACGAGCGGCUCAAUGCCGUCAACACCCUAUGGGAACAGCUACAGCAACGGGCCGCUUCAAGACAAAAUGAACUCGAGACGUUUGUACAGCAACGAACUCAUGGCACUGAAGAUAUACCAGAAAGUGACAUUUUAAGCUUUAGAGAGAAUUUUGCGUUGCUAAGAUCGCUGUACGCACCUUAUGAGAACGACAUCGAUGGAAGGCAAGAAAACAACGAGGAGGUAUUGGGCGAAACUCUUGAAAACGGCGUGGAGGAUGAUGACAACUUUGUCACACAGAUGGAACUUCACGAAUUGUUUGAUGGGGUAGCUGGCAUUGAGGAAACUUUGGUCUCGGAAGAGAUCGUUGAUGGUGACAUGGCUGUGUUGAAGCAGCAACUAGAACGCAUUCAGUCCCUUCUCGGCGAAACCAAGCACCAGCAAGCAAGACUAAAUGACAUAUCCAACCAGUCAACAAACCUUUCCUCAAGCCAGGAAGUUACCCUUAAAAAACACAUGAAUGAUUUGGAGCAAUUAAUCCAUGGAAUCAUAAGACUCAUGGUAGCAAAGGUAUUCGAAAUACACGCCGCCAUUGAAAAGAUGGUCAAAGUAGAAACUGUUGUCCUAAACAGUCAUGAUUUUGAUGCCAAGCUUGCGGAGUGUUUAGAACACAGCUCUUUAAUCGAGAAGACUAUCAGGCAACUAGGACCUUUGGACAAGGAGAAAAACCUUGAUUUGGAGUUGUUGAAGUUCAUGAUCCUUCAAAGCUAUGCAAUCAUGCACCAGUUUACCAUUGACUUUUUGAACAAAACAAACGAUGAAACUUUGAGCUCUCAGAAGAAAAGUAAACUAGCUGAACUAAACCGAACUUGGGAAAGACAACGGCCUUUAAUACGUUCAAGAGAGCGACACUUACAAAGUCUCGAAUUGUUACCAACACCUCGAACUGUUGAAGAAAAAUCUGUACUAGUCGAGAAUGUUGAAGCAGUCCAAACAUUGCCUGCACGCACUCCUCGUGGAGAAACAUCUAAGGACGGUCCAUCCACCCCUAGAGAUCAAAGAACACCUUCACCCAAUAGAAGACGUUCGCCAGGUCAAAGCGGAUCGCCACUUGAUCAGAAAUCACCCAAAACGAGACAGAGGCAAUACAGAAAUGAACUAAAUGACUUAGCGGAAUGGUUGACUUCGCAAGAAGCUGUUUUCCAUGAACUUGCAGCGGAUGAGACGGUUCCUCCUGAUAUUGAAGCACUUAGGUUAAGGUUAAAGAGGUUCCAGACGUUCUCUCGAAGUAUCCAAACUCGUAUAUCCCGACUAGAAAUGUUCAAGGAAUACGCUGUACAGUCUGAUGAAGGGCCCAUGACAGGAAACGACAGUUACAACGAUGUCAUGCAACUUGCCAACAACAUGAAGGAAGUAUGCCAGGAGAACGCAGAAUGGAUAAGCACUGUUCUUCUUCAGUGGCAGUCCUUUGAGGAAUCAAAAGCAAAGCUAACAACUUGGAUGGAUAUUUUGACACAAAACCUUCUUUCUCCUCUUCGAGAACUUCCCGAAGCGAGCUUAGACACUGUUCUUCUCAAAGUAAUGAAGUUGAGAGAGCUUGACAAGAAGUUAAACGACAAGCAGUCUUCGAGAGAUGCUCUAGUCUAUGAAGGAGAACAAGUUCUUACUGCUACAGGGAAUGAAGAAGUGCAAAGACUUGUCAGUGAAGUAAAAGAACGCUGGCGGGCAGUUCGCCAAGAGGCAAAAGACGAACGACAGCGGCUGGAAAAACUUCUAAAAUUGUGGCGGGAAUAUCAGAGUGGGAUGGAUGAUCUUGUUGAUUGGUUAGUGACAGUGCUUGGGUUUAUGAGAAACGAAGAGGUUUCUGGCUGUACACUCGAUAUGAUCGAGUCGCAACUCGAAAAUUUGAAGCAAUACCAAACAGACAUCGAAUCACAUCAGGCAACAAAAGAACGUCUGAAUCAAGUCGUACAAGAACUCCUCCAGCUCUCUAGAGGUGAUACCAACUUCCUACAAGAAAGUCAAGUCAGUUUAGAUGAAAACUGGACCGAAUUGUGGGCUUUACUGGAGGACCGCGAAGAGGAAAUCCUUCGGCACCGGGCUGAUCUAAUGGUGGUGGCGCUGUUUGAAGACGUUGCAGAACUAGACGCUUGGUUUACAGACGUCCUGAGAUCCGCUGAAGAACCAGCUAUCGCAGUCGGCACUAGUUCCAUGGACUCCGUGAAGAAAAGGCUCGAAAAAUAUAAGAAAAUCAUGAAAGAGUUGGAGUCCAAACGCGAGGCUCUUGAUGGUCUUACCGCGCAUGUGCAGGAGCUCCAAGGCGAUCGUUGCGAUGGUCCUGCACUAGACGUUAGAGAUGCUAUACGUCGAUUAGGAAUGGCUGGGAACCAAAUUGUCAAUCUAUUAUCCGAGAAGGAGCGUCAGUUGAAACACGGUAUCAGCCGAUGGAAUGAGUUCCAAAAGCUCUACGCUGAACUAAAAAAUAUCAAUGAUUGGUUCGAGACCAGAGAAGAAGCCAUGAACAAAUACCAGAAGAUUGUGUCGAAGAAGGAAUUUGGGAUUGCACUGGAAGAUGUCAAGGCCAUGAAAGGUUUUCUUGUCACUCAAAAACAGUCUGUCAAAAACGUUCUAGACUACGGAAAACGUCUGAUAGGUGACCAAUCCGUCGACCAAGAUGAACUCCAGGAAAGCAUCGAGACGGUUGAAGAAAGAUGGUCUGAGCUCAACACGAAAGUUAACGAGUAUGAAGUAUGGUUAGAAAGCUCUUUACGUGCUGUGGAGGGAUACGAAGCAGCAGUGGAUCAUCUCAACAGCUUUAUGGAUGACAUCCAAGAGGCAUUGAAUGCUAGUUCCAGCGGCACGGGAGAUAUGGAAGCCCUAAGAUCACGAGUUCGUCAGCUUGAGACGUUUGGAGAAGGACUGGAAGGAGCAAGAGGAAGACUGGACGAGGUGACAGAAGUUGCAGCAGAAUUGGCGCGAAACUGUGACUCAUCAGUGUCAAACCAUUUCGAAGACAACGUCAUCGCCGUGUCUGAACGAUUCUCCCGGGUCACCGGUCAUCUUCAAGAAAAGUUAAAACAACAGAAAGAGCUUCUUGACACAUGGCAGAAGUUUAGGCGCGCAUGCGCAGAACUUGUUGACUGGAUUGAAAAGCAGGAGGCUUUGCUUGCAGAAACGGUGACGAUUAACGUACCACUUAAUCUACAACUACAACAGCUUGAGAUAUGUCGGGCAAUGGAACAAGAGAUCGACCUUCAUCGAGAAAGUUUGUCUUCAAUAAACAUCAUGGCAGAUAAACUCAAAACCAAAGUCAUUCGUAGUUCGACUUACAUUCUUCCCUUGAGAGCUGAGGUGGUCAAGCGUUUUGAGGAGCUAGAAAAUGAGCUGGGACAUAAAACAGAGAGACUCAACAAGGCAACUCGUAGCUACAUGGAGAUAAAGAAAACUGUGGAUAAAUUAAACUCAUGGCUCGAUCAAGCUGAAGUUACAGCUGAAAGUUGCUCUGCUCUUGAAGCUGAGCAGUCGUUUGAGGAAUUAGAGAAACUAUCUUCAGAGGCCGAUGACUCCAGAAGCAAACUGGAAGCACUGAAUCGCAGUAUCGAUGAAGGAGUACUGGGCGAUUCAAGAGAUCAAACAGACACCGUGAACAGACAAAUCUAUGACCUUGGUAAGAGAUGCGAUGGUCUGAAGCAACGAGUCAAAUCAAAGCUCGAUGACAACAAGAAAAUCGCUGAGAGACGGAAGGCGUUCGAGUCUAAGUAUUCAUCGCUUUAUCAAUUGCUAGUUUCGAUCCAGUUGGAAGAGGAUAGCUGGAAGACUGAGUCUAGUCUGAAUCUCAGGCGGGAUUAUGCGAUCACAAAUUUCCAUGACAACUACGACCGCUACCGACGUGAACUCGAACAACUGACGACACUUGCCGAGGAGCUAGACCUCGAACGAGUUAUGGACAACAGCUACAGGGCAGGUCUGGAAGAAAGACUAAAUAAACUCAGGCCAUUAUGGAAGACUGCUUGCAGGCAAAUGGAAGAAUACAAGGAGUAUUUAAGUGGCCAAACCAAAAAACUGGAGGACUUUCAACGUCUUUGUCAUCAGUUGUUGCGAUGGAUGGACAAGAUAGAGUCACACAGUGGAUUUAGUAUUCCGAACUUCAACAGUAUUCAUCAGUUGAAGGAACACUUUGAACAUGUUAAGGCCUGUCAGAAGGAAAUCUCAAGCCAUCGGCCUGAAUACGAAGCAGUUUGCUCCAAGGGUCGUCAGAUCGUUCAACAGUUGACAGGAAGCAUUGCUAAGACGUGUGAUGGAGAGAUUGAGAAUAUCACUAGACGGUGGAUGUUACUGACCAACAGGAUUGCCAGUAAUCAACAGCACCUAGAGAUGUCGCUUAAAGAAUGGCAAGAGUAUUCAACACAGAUGGAAAAUAUUAUGGUCUGGCUAAGAGAGAAGGAUAAGGUUCUCAAGAAGCCAUCGAAAGCGACUAGUGUUGAGGAGCUCGAACGAGAGCUGAAGUCCAAAAAAAUCAUUGGUAAAGAAUUCGAUGAACGUAGACAACAACUGGAAGACAUAAACAAGCGUGGGAAAGCUUUGAUAAAGACCGCUGACCAGCGUGAAUCAGAACGGGUUAACAAGCAAAUCGCUUCUCUUUCUAAUCUAUGGCAGAGUGUAUGUCAGACUCUCUCCAUCUCUAUGCAAUCGAUUCUUGAUGUAAUUAAGCAAUUUGAAACCUUCACUCGGUUACAUGAAGAGCUCAGUGAAUGGUUGGGCACGGUGGAAUCGUCAGUAUCACGUGAUCUUGAAGACUCAUUUUUGAGUGGACCAGACGAUCAGGCAGAUACAGUUUUCCAGGUCUACGUUGCUGAUAUCGAAAGACACGAGGCCGUUCGCUCGCGAAUGAAUGAAACUGCUUUUCACGUGAUCAGUUGCGGAAGUGGAAGCCCGUACACAGAACACGUGACGAAGAAACAACAGGAGCUGAAUGAAAGAUGGCGUACGCUCUGCCAGCAGCUGGGCGUGACUUAUAAGAAGGCUGAGGAAACCAAGUACGAGUUGAAACUCCUUGAAAUUCAGCUGAAACAGCUCAACGCGUGGAUGACUCAAGUAGAAAACAGAUUAAUGACGUUCACAGUUGGCGAUACUUGUGAUAUAGUAGAAGUACAGCAAAAGCACAAGGAGUUAACAGAAAUGCAGGAAGAUGUCGAGAGACACUCCGAUGAUGUUCGAACUGUCUUAAGAUUAUGCGAGAGACUGGAGCGAGACCGUACAGCAUGUUCGACUGAAGAAGACCGUCGCGUUCUUCGGUUUACUAGAGAAAGUUUCGAGUCCCGCUGGGAGAACGUUAGCAAAACAGCACUUACAAGAAAACGGCAGUCCGAAGAGAGAUCUGUGCUUUGCAAAGAAUUCUGGAACGAAUUCSGUAAGUUUGUGGAGUGGCUUGAUGAGACCGAGAAAGGGCUUGGGACAGCUAUAUCUGGAAGGACUGGAUAUGGAAGCCCACGAUCCAAGCUUAAAGUCUACGAGACGUUCCGUAAAGACAUCGUACAACAUCACGCUCAGAUUCAAAGGAUCGCAUCAAGAAGCAAGUAUCUCAUCCCUGACUCUCAAUCAUCACUAGCUGUCAAUCGUCUUCAGGCAGAUGUGAAUUCAGCMAAACAACGCUGGGAGUGCUUAUCGAAGAAAAUACAAGAAUUAGUUACUAAACAAACCAAGGUUGCCACAAGAACUGAGAGAUUCGAGUCUCUCAAGGAUUCCGUAACGUCAUUUGUGACGGAAGUGGAGCUUAGUCUUAUUGGCCUUGAUCCUUUUACAUCUGAGGAAGAACCUAAGAUGCAGCUAAAUAAACUCAAGAAUCUUCAGAGAGAAAUCAAUAAAAAUUUCCCAAAAYUAAGGGCUUUCUUGCAAGAAGGAAAGUAUCUACGUGACUGCUGCAGUAGUGCACAGUAUCAAGCAGCACAGAACACUAUGGAGGAGUUGAACUCGCGCUGGCAGAAGGCACUGCAUUGCUGUAUGACUUGGAUACUUGAUAUUGCGAUCCCUGGGUCAAGUCCUUCAAGCUCUCCUCCUGGUGUCAGCGGUAAAACAUACCGCAAUCAUUCGUCUUACACAUAAAAAACAACCAAUCACAGAGCAGCUAUUAAAUACCCAAUCGAACCUCGUAAUCGUACAUUAUAUAUUUCCUACCUCGACUCGCCAUUUGGAAACCAAAUGUAAAAUGUUGCUAUAUUUACGAGUAUUUGUCUUAAUGCACCUACUAAAAUUCUCAUGCGAGCCUAUACUUUACUCACAAUGAGUUUAGGCAUUUUGAAUUGUUGAUAAUGUUCUUAUAUGAGUUUUCAUUGUAUAUACCCUUGUAUAUAGAGCCAUAAUAUCAUGCCUUCUAUUUACAUAUUGCAUAUCCAUAUUUAUUGAGUGGAGCUCUAGUUUUUAACAAAGCCAUAGCUAUGUUUCGCACAAUCCCAGAUCAAUAACAAAUGAGUUUUAAUUCUUAAGCAGUGGAUUUUGUAUGAGAAAAAAUAAAUACUUAAAAGUGAAUAACCCAUYUUAACUUUGUACGCAAAUUGCCCAUUUCAGAUCUUAUAACAUUCCCUUGAGAAUUGUUCUUUUAUGACGAACAUGUUAAAAUAUUUACACAUGAAAGAAUCAACUCCCAAGAGUGGCAUUACAUGGUCUGAAAUGUGCACAACGAACAACGUAGCUAAGAUGGUCUGAUUUGCAACUAUAGAUUUCAGCCAAUCAGAUGCAUCAAUGUUGAUAUGGGUAUUUGACUUUCAGUCCUUCGGGGUAUAUUGUUAUUAAUUGUCCAUAGAGCAUAAAGUAGUGCAUAAUGCAAUACAGUAACGGAAUACUAGUAUAAAAGCUUAUUUUUGUAUGUUUUAUACUAAAACAUUUGUAAAAUUAUGAAGUAAAUGUUUUUUGUG